UUCUAUUCCAUUCACCGGGUAAACUUUGAGCAAAGGAGAGAGAGAUCUUUUGAUAAUGGCAACUUCAGGAGAAUCAUCCUCAGAGACGAUGGAAGACUCACACUCACCGGCGGCGAUUCCACAAUCUCCGCCACCGGCUCCUCUCCUCACUUCGAUUCCAAGCGCUAAGAUCGCAACGACGACGGUUGAAAACGCAGCUUCCUGGAUCGAGGACGCGAUGCGUCAGGCGCUCGUGUACCAGAACACGAUCGUGGAGACGCUGGAUUCAACAAUCGACGCAUCGAAAUCUCGAUUGAGCCAGAUUCGAGAUACUUCAAUCGCUCACACCAGCCAAACAAUCGAUUCUAUUAGAGAGAUUGCUUCUGAGUAUAACGUAUACGAGCAUAUGGUGUUUGCUAAGAUCAAAGAUGGUGUGAACGUUGCUGCAUCUCAUCCUCUUAUAUCAGGGGGUUUAGCUUUUGGUGUUGGGAUCUUUGCUUUGAAAAAGACGAGAAGAUUUGUGUACUACAAUGCUGUACGCAUGUUUUCAAGCGAAGAGGCGUUGCUUUCUAGAGCGGAUCUUAGAGUAAAAGAGCUGAGACAAUCGCUGGAUCGUCUUACAGCCGAAAGUGAAAAGUUAGAGCGAGUUGCAACUGUGGCAGAAGAUGAGCUGAUCAGAGGAAGGAUGAAACUCAGACAAGCAGGCAAACAGAUACGAGGUGUUGUUAACUCAGCUUAUAAGAUUGAAAAGCAAGCAGCAGGUUUAAAAGAUGUACUUAAAGAAUUACCCACGAGAGAAGCUUCUCGGUUCCGUUCUCAAAUAUCGAACCGUGCUUCUGAGGUAAAGCAAGAGAGAAAGGCUUUGACAAAGGAAGUGAACAAGAUCAGCAACUAUGGUAUCUCCGUAUGAGGAAAAUCAAAACCCAUUUUUCUAGUUACGGAUUUGAAUACACUCUUGAGUUCUUAGAUGAUGGAGCAAUAUUAUAUACACUAUUAAUAAUAAUGUCUAAAACAUGAUUAAGACUAAUCUUUUUGUUUGGUUUCAAAUGCGAAAGAUGCAAUCUCAUGUUGUCUUUUGUU